AUGUCCCCCACAGCAACUCUCCAGAGCCGCGUGAAAGAGCUCUCAGAUUCCCUAGGACAAAUCCAGCCCCUGGUGGAUCGAUUGCGCGAUUUUACUGCUUCUAUUGGACAGGGCGAUGAAGCCCGCCUGGAGCUUGGGAGUGAAAUACAUUCCCGUCUGAAGGAAGCCGAGCAUGAGUUAGAGCUGCUACGUGUGGAGAUCGAAGCGUUGGAAACUGGCUCAGAUAGUAGACGCAAGUCAUUAACUGUCCAUGGACAGAAAGAGGCCGAGAGAGAGCGGGUCAUUUCUAUGGCAGGUCGAUUGGCUGAGGAUCUCAAGAGAACACGAGGUGAUUUCCGAACUGCCCAAUUACAAGCGAAGCGGAAUGCCGAGCUCGCCAAGCGGAAAGAGAGAGAGUUGCUGCUGUCAAGAUCGCAUUCUUCCGAGAAGAAGCGACCGACAGAGAAGUUCACUCAAGACGAUCUUGUUUUGAAUGCCUCCAACGACGUGACAUCUGCGCUACGCAGAACCCAUCAACUCAUGCAGGCUGAGCUUUCCCGUAGUCAAUUUGCCCAGUCGACUCUUGAACAAUCCACAGCCGCGAUCUCAUCUUUGUCCGAGUCCUAUAGCGGCCUCGAUACACUUCUCGCGUCAUCUCGCAGUCUCGCUAAUUCUCUUCUGCGCUCCCAAAAGUCCGACACAUGGUAUCUUGAGACUGCCUUCUAUGUUCUUCUGGGGACAAUUGGCUGGCUUCUAUUCCGACGCGUCUUCUAUGGGCCUCUUUGGUGGCUUGUAUGGCUACCUUUGAAGUUCAUCGCCCGGGUUGCAUUUGCAACACUAGGUGUAGCUGGGCUGUCUACCACAGCUGUGCAAUCUGCUUCUCAAUCUCUCUCAGGAGAUGUCUCUACUGCUAUCCAUCAAAUGGCCACGGCGGCUGAAACAGGAACUGUGACAGCCAAUAGCGCUGCCUGGGAGCAAGAACCGUCAGCACCGAUCGAAAGCGAUCGUGUAAUUGACAAAAUUGGUGAUAUGGUUGAACAAGAGAAACAAAAAAGUGUAGACAUCGACAAUAUCACCCCGGAGGAGAGGGCAAGACAAGCAGCGCUUCCUCGGAAUACAAAAAAGAGGAUGUUCGAGGCUGGGAUGGAGGAACCAGUGCGAGACGAGCUAUAG